AAUUAAGUCAGUUUGUGUUUUUAUCUUGACGUGAAUGGAACGUAGGUUAUCUCAAAAAUAACCUUCAUCAUUCCAUUACCAUUUUUGGGUACAAGAAUUUCCAUCUGUUCUUUAUUCUAGUAAAUAACACUAUUUAGUUUUAAUUCUCAAAAUUAGGUGUUAUGUGAAUUUGUUUCGUUUUAUUUGUGACGAGCACUCGAAAUAUGAAUUCCUUCUUUUGUUGACUUUCCUACGAUCACAAAUAUUAAAGCUUUUUCAAAAUGCUUGCUAAUGGACAAAUUGUUGGGGAUGGAUCAUGGAAUCUACGAGUAUUGGUCACUGAUUUGCAAACCGAACGCCCCAUACGUGUUAAAGGAGAUCUUCAUAUUGGAGGAGUAAUGCUCAGACUUGUAGAGGAACUGGAAAUCUCAAUCGACUGGUCUGACCACGCCCUCUGGUGGCCGGAUCAAAACAGAUGGCUGACGAAAACGCGUCUAACACUCGACCAGUGUGGAGUGCAAGCAGAUGCCUACCUUCAUUUCACCCCCAUGCACAAGAAUCUCCGUGUACAACUGCCCGAUCUGAGGACACUAGACGUUAAAGUCGACUUUUCCGUGAAAGUAUUCAGAACAGUGGUACAGUUGUGCAAAGAUCUCGGCAUCAGACACCCCGAAGAACUGUCAUUUUGUAAACCAGUGGAAUCACACCAUUUGAAAUGCAAUUAUAAAGAGUGGCCGAAGAAGAAGUUGGAAAAUGGCGUGCAGAAAAACGGACACCACCUGGCGCCGGAUACUAACACAUUUAUUGCGAGCAGUAGUCCCGGGGGAAGUACAGGAAGUUUGGACAAACCGCCUUUUCUGUGCGCUCCGGUAACGCCGAACAGAGGAGUACAGUCGUCCACGCCUAUCAACAGUCCUUCUGGAAAUGGGACAAUGGGAUGGAAACCGGACAUGUUCAACAGUAUGAAUGGUUCAUACUUGAAUAACAGUGAUAGUUCGGAAUUUCUGAAUAGCACCUUCGACAGUUCCCUUGCCCAAAGUCCAACCUCAAUCAGCAGCGAGGUCAGAAAAUCCCUUGUCAGGCCUAAAUCUCUGGUUGAAAAGGCUCGAAUGAAUGUAGCGUGGUUAGAUUCUUCGUUAUCGAUAAUGGAACAAGGAAUUCAAGAAUUUGGAUUCUUAUGCCUUAGAUUCAAAUUCUAUGACUUUUAUGAUUUAAAUCCAAAAUAUGAUGCCGUUAGAAUAAAUCAGAUCUAUGAACAAGCAAAAUGGCAACUUCUCAAUGAAGAAAUCGAUUGUACCGAAGAGGAAAUGUUGAUGUUCGCUGCUUUGCAGCUACAAAUCAACCGACAAGUGAACCAACCCCAGCCAAACAGUGAUAAUGGAAGUGUUAUUACACCUGGUGAAGAUGACAUAGAUGCUGCCCUUACUGAAUUGGAAACCACGCUUGAAGGAGCAGCAAUUAGCAAUAAUGCAAAUGAUAUUACCCAAGUGCCUGAACUACAUGAUGAAUUAAGAUUUUUAAAGCCAAAGCGUUUUACCUUGAAAGGAUACAAAAAAUAUUGGUUUACAUGCAGAGAUCUCCAUUUGUACUUGCACAAAUCUAAGGAAGAAAUGAUUCAUAGGACUAGUCCCGCGCACACUAUAAAUUUGAGAGGUUGUGAAGUCACUCCUGAUGUCAACAUAAGCCAACAAAAGUACGGAAUAAAAUUAGAAGUUGCAAGUUCUGAAGGGAUGAGCGAAAUGUAUAUUAGGUGUGAAAAUGAGCAACAGUAUGCAAAGUGGAUGGCUUGUUGUAAAUUGGCAUCUAAAGGGCGCUCUCUAGCAGAUAGUUCAUAUGAGGCUGAAAAGAAAACAAUCUUGGAUUUCCUCCAGAUGCAAAAACCUACCGAUAGUCCAGCUCUGAAUCCAAACUCCCUCAACAUUCAAGUAGAAGAUUACAUUGCUCCAAAAUACCUCAAAAAACUGAAAGGAAAGCUAUUGCACAGAAUUGUUGAAGCCCAUGCAAAUGUUAAGAAUUUGCCAUUGAUUGAAGCAAAAUUAAAUUACAUAAGAGCUUGGCAAAAUUUGCCAGAUUACGGAAUUACGCUCUUUGUGGUCAAGUUUAUGGAUAGUAAAAAGGAAGAAUUACUUGGAAUCACUCAUCACAGAAUAAUGAAAAUGGAUCUCAAUACAGGAGAUCACUUGAAGACAUGGAGAUACAACACUAUGAAAGCAUGGAAUGUCAAUUGGGAAGUAAAGCACAUGAUGAUACAAUUUGAAGAGGGAAGCAUUGUUUUUAGUUGCUUAUCAGCUGACUGUAAAGUAGUACAUGAAUUUAUUGGAGGUUAUAUAUUUUUAUCUACAAGGAGUAAAGAAGCAAGUCAAACACUAAAUGAAGAAUUGUUCCACAAACUAACAGGUGGCUGGUCAUAAAGGUCUUUGAAAUUCUGUUGAUUUGAGAAACUGAUGAUAUUCUAUGUGAACAAGUCAAUUCUUUUCGAAGUUGUUGGUUGAAUCGAUAAGUGGAAGAAUCCGAAAAAUUAAUUGAAUAGCAAAUGAUAUGAAAUUGAAUUCUUUGGGCAAUAACUAUUUCAAUAUGACCUAAGUUUUGAAGAUUUAACUUUGUUAUUAGUCAUAUAUGAUGAUAUUUUUCAAUGUCUUUUAUUCGUUAAUGUUUAUGUAUUUGUCUUUGAAUUUUAUCAGCAUUUGUUAUCCAUCACAAUCUUUUAUUGAGUUGCAUAGUUUGUACUUUCAUAAUGUUGAUAUUAUCGAAUGAUUAUUGAACAUUCACCUGUUAAUUUUUCAUCAGUUUCAAUUCUAAAUGUAUAUUUAACUUAAUCAUUGAAAAAAACCUAAAGCUUUAGAUAAUCAUAACAUUGAAUAUCUGAGAUAACAUAUUUAUUUAGCGAAAGAUUUUCGCAUUUUUUGCUUUUACCUUAAUUUUGACAGUAUAUGAAGUACUGUUAGAGACAAUAUAUAUUUUUACUAAGAUUUAUUAUAUUGAUAAAUAAAUUGAUGAUUGUAUAAAAAUAUAGAAGCAAAAAAUAACAUUUA